GCAUGGGUAUUAUAGUGAGAGACCACUCGACAAAUGAGAUACUGUUGCUAUUGAAAGGCGCCGACGCUGUCAUGACAUCGAUCGUUGUGUACAGCGAUUGGCUUCAGGAACAGUGCGAUACUAUGGCCAGGGAUGGUCUCCGGACUCUAGUGGUGGCCAAAAAGACGUUGACUGAACACCAGUACCUCGACUUUGAAAGUCGCUAUAAUCAGGCGAAGUGUGCGAUGACUGACCGGAACACCAAGAUUAGCGCCGUUUUGGGUCACCUCCAGAAGGAUAUGGAGCUCCUGUGUCUCACCGGUGUCGAGGAUCGGCUACAGGAUGGUGUGGCCAAAACCCUGAAGGGUUUACAGGACGCGGGCAUAAGGCUAUGGAUGUUGACGGGAGACAAACUGGAAACGGCUAUUAGUAUCGCAAAGUCCUCACAACUGGUGAACAAAUUGCAGGAAUUCUAUAUAUUCCAGUCCAUCACCAAUCGCACGGAAGCGCAUCUAGAGCUCAACAACUUCAGCAAAAAGGAUGACUGUCCACUCAUUAUAAGGGGCGAGGACCUGGAGCUGGUCAUGAAGUUCUACUCGACUGAGUUCGUGGAGUUGGCGGGUCAGUGUCCGGCCGUCGUGUGCUGCCGGUGCUCACCCACACAGAAGGCCGAAGUGGUGAAACUGAUUCAGAACCGCACCGGGAAGCGGACGUGCGCUGUAGGUGACGGUGGGAACGACGUGUCGAUGAUACAGUCGGCCGACGUGGGCGUCGGUAUCGUGGGAAAGGAGGGCCAACAGGCCUCCCUGGCCGCCGACUUUUCCAUACUCCAGUUC